ACACGUGACAGCAGCGCGGAGCUAUAUGAGCGAAGGCGCAGGGAGCAUCAGUACCAGUCAGCGGAAUCUCAGCAGAAGACUCAGCAGCUCCCGCUCCUCUGCUCUUUCUCUCACUGAACGCAACAGUUUGUUCGCGAGACCUCGAACGCGCAGGUAAAGGGAUUUCUCAGAGCUUCUUUUUUUUCUCCACGGACAAGAGGAAAGCCACCUCCACGCACCACUUACCUCCUCUUUUUCCCACCUCUCUGCGGAACACUCAAGUUUCCUCCGCCGAACAGGGAUGCUGCCCGAUCUGUGAGCCGCACUUGUGCUCUCAAGGAACCCGCAAGGAAGACGUGGAUCGGAAUAACAUCUGGAGCGCGGAACGACUUUUACGCACGCUAAUAUUAGAAAAAAUACUGAGUAAAGAAGGCGCUUUUUCAGUUCCAAAGCAUCAGCCCGUGCCGGGGAGAGGUGUGGAUCUUGUCGACAUUCUCCUCUCUGUCACCGGUGGAUUCGGAAAAUGAUCCCGAUCAGCGAGCAGCCACCAUCCCGUCUGAUGCCUGACACAUCCGAGGAUUGACUGUGCCACACGAGAACGUUCAACUCAGUCCCGUUACACUUUCCCCGGUGCCUUUUUCUUUUUCUUUUUUGAAAACCCAUCCCGAGUCCGAACUACAGACCACCGUCCAGAUGCAGUUUCGACUCUUCUCCUUUGCCCUGAUCAUCUUGAACUGUAUGGAGUACAGCAACUGUCAGGCGCCGUCGCAACGCUGGAGGAGAAACAAAAGAGCUAGCUAUGGAGCCUACCCCAUCUGUAAAGGCUGCUCUGUGUGCUCCAGGGACAAUGGCUGUGUGAACUGUCAACCCAAACUCUUCCUGUUCCUGCGGAGGGAGAGGAUGAGGCAGUAUGGGGAGUGUCUUCACGACUGUCCAGCUGGAUACUACGGAAUGCGCACUCCUGAAGUCAACAUGUGCUCCAGGUGCAGGAUAGAGAACUGCGAAUCCUGCUUCAGUAAAGACUUCUGCACCAAGUGCAAGUCCGGUUUUUACCUUCAUAAAGGGCGUUGCUUUGACAAGUGCCCCGAGGGCUUUGCCCCCAUGGAGGAAACAAUGGAGUGUGGAGAGGGCUGCGAAGUGGGCCAGUGGAGUGAAUGGGGAGCCUGCACUAGAAGAAACAAAACCUGUGGUUAUAAGUGGGGUCUGGAAACCCGGACGCGGCACAUUGUAAAGAAACCACCCAAAGACACAAUACCUUGUCCCACUAUUGCUGAGUCCAGGAUGUGCAAAAUGGCCAUGAGGCACUGCAGGAGAGGAGGCUCAGGGAAACACCGAACCAAAGAACCAAAGAAGAAGAACAAGCAGAGGCUGCGGUUUCGGGCCCAGAACCAGCACAGCGACCACUUGGCCUCGGCGCGGCCCAGCCAAUGAGGACUGAAGUCAACCCCACCAACAAAGGAGCAACGCGAAGCUGCUAGCUGCUGCUACACUCAUACUCUGACCAACGACUCUCACGAACCCCACAACCUCUCCUGCCUCCCAGUGUGCCCCCCAACCAACCCCGGCACUCCCAAGGCCAUGACUCACCAUCCACCGCAAGAGUUCUAUGUAUGACAUCGGUACCGAUCUACUAAACACAUACUUCAUGCCUCCCGCUGCUUCUCUCCCAACGCGUCCAGGUGACUCUACUCCCGCUCCCCCCACCCCCGCAUUGCCUCGUGGACCUUUACAGUUGACAUUACUGAACUCAUUUCCCGUCAUUAGCAAUGUCAUUAACCGUCCAGGGUGAUGGAAGAUAGAGGGGCGAGCCCAGAGCGUGGGGGCGGGAGAGCCAGAUAGAAGGAAGUUGCCUGGAGAUUUAGUGAGGAGUUUGGCACGGUGAGCGGGAAAGUGGGGGAGGCAGAUGACGGAGGAGAGGAAACAAGGGAGGAUGGAAGAAGAUUGAAGCGAAUGAUGCUGAUGGACACAAGAAAAAAAAGGCAUCUCAGCUGAAAGAGACUUUGCUCUAUUUAUGUGUAAAACAAACCCGCGCCUUUUCCUCCCGAAGUCGAGACGGUGUUCCCAAUGUGUGGCCUUUAUGUUCUGUACAUUUUGGAGAGUUAAUAUUAAAGAAACUACCAUGCCUAGUUGCAAAGUAUUUUAUUCUCAGCACAAACUGUUUACGUUCAGACCGCUUACCGCUCUAACUGUAUAGUGUGGAUAAUAAAAGAAUAAUUUUAGUUGUUCAACUAGCAUGGCGAAAGAGUGUUCAUAGUUGAAUUACGACAGCUUCUUACUGUAUUUUCAGUAUUGACCUGUUUACGUUCGAAAUGUUUUAGAAGCUGUAAUACCGAGCUGCAGAUUAAAAAGGAGCAAAAACAAAUAUUAAACAUAGCCGCCACAUAGCUUCUUCAUUUAUAUGCUAUAUAAAUAUAUAUAUAUAUAUCUAAAUAUAUAUAUAUUUGAUUUAUUUAUUAAUUCUAUUUUGUACUAUUUUUGGUUCCAUGAGAGAUUUAUGCCUCUGUACUCCUAUAUGCUUAAAUAUUUGUUGAGGAUAUUAUAAACAUAUUUUGCAUAUUUUUAACACCUGAAAAAAAGCUUUGUGUGUGUGCGUGCGUGUGUGUGUGUCACGCAAUGUUGUAUUGCAUUCGUUUGACCUUAUCUACUGAGUUCACCCUUUCAACGAAGAAUACAAAUAAACUCUGCUUUCAUAUAUAUUCUAGGUUUUAUAAGUAGACUCCAGCAACAGUAAGGUCAUAGGACUGCAUAUGUGUACAUUGUGUUUUAUUAAAAUACAUUUCAUGUGACUGUA